AUGCAUUCCUCGUGAAUCAAAACAAGCACUUGAAAUCUAUAUAAAUUUUAUAAUAUUGGUGAAUUGCCGAAAGUCGAUAGCCGCGUGCGGCAAGCCAUAUAAAAAUAAGGCACCAAUCCAUGCUAUAAUGGUAACAUGCAAGCAGCUCGAAAGCUUUCAUCAAUUGGCCUUGACAACAUGGAAGUAAAAAUUAUCUCCAGAGAAACCAUCAAACCUUCUUCUCCAACUCCACACCACCUAAGAAUCCACAAGCUUUCUCUUUUAGAUCAGAUAGAGAUAACUGAAUCUAUUUACAUCCCGGUUAUUCUCUUUUACUCGGUUGCCUCUGGAGAUCCCCGGAAAAGAUCUAAUAUACUCAAAGAGUCCCUCUCAAAAACGUUAACCCAGUUCUAUCCAUUUGCUGGAAGAGUCAAAGAUAGCUUCAGCAUUGACUGUAAUGAUGAGGGUGUCAGCUACACAGAAGCUCAGGUAGCCACUAAUGUGUCCGUUGUUCUUCAAGAUCCUGAGAUUGAUUUGCUGCUACAACUACUACCCAAUGAUUCCCUUGAAAGGUUGCCGGAACCAACUGCUGAACAGGUUUUGGUAGCAAUUCAGGUGAACUUCUUUGCUUGCGGUGGGAUGGCAAUCUGUGCUUGUGUUGAUCAUGUGGUAGCUGAUGGAGCAGCAACAGCAACCUUUAUUAAAAGCUGGGCUGCAAUUGCUUGUGGUGCUAAUUAUAUUGACCAUGAUGUGAUAUACGAUUGCACUUCUGUGUUUCCUCCACACGAUUUAACAAGUUUCAAGGAGAAAUUUGCUAAUGAAGAUAAGCAUGAGGUACCCGAACCUCAAGGUAAAAUUGUGACAAAGAGACUCUUGUUUGAUGGCUCUAAGAUAACUGCUCUAAGGAACGAAAUUGGCAAUGGGCCAAGCUCCUAUCGUCCAUCAAGGUUUGAGGCUGUGUCUGCGCUCAUUUGGUCCGCCAUGUUGUCUACAACUACAAAAAAUGACAGAACUUUCUCGACGACAACCAUUUCUAUGAAUCUGCGGAACAGAACGAAUCCACCAAUGCCACAACAAUGUAUUGGAAAUGUCUACCAAGUAAAAGAGGUGGAAUCACUGAUGGAGAAGACGAUUAAUCUUAGCAUUCUAGCAGGAAAAAUUCAUGAGACCAUAAGAAAGGUAGAUGAUGACCAUGUGAAAAAGCUUGGUGCGGGUGUUGGAGCCUACAUUAAUCUUCUUAGAAGUAAAGUAAAAAACAACAAGUUUCUUUUCGUUAGCUGGUGUCGAUUCCCUUUCUAUGAAACCGAUUUUGGAUGGGGAAAGCCAAUCUGGUUUGCAACUGCUUUGAGAAUUAAUAGGGUUGUAUUUUUUCUGGAUACCAGGGAUGGUGAGGGAAUAGAAGCAUGGAUAACACUUACCCUGGAAGAAAUGGCCAAAUUUGAGCAGGACCCUGGCGUCCUUGCUUACUCUUUUUCCAAGCUAAGCAAAUGAGAAUUCUGGAUUCAGAAGUCCAGGAAUUCCAGGGAGAAAAGUAAGCUUUCUACGACAAUUUCCUCUCUGCUUUUUUUUUUUUUGUGAAAGAAAAUGAUCAUCUCUGUCAAACCUUCUUUGAGACUUAAAAAGUGUAUUGCAAUAAGGUUAGUCCAUUGUAUCUUGGAACUCAACUUGGUGUUUUGGGAGCAAUUCUGUUCUUAUAAAAGCAUUCUUCUAUAUGUUUUAUUGAAGAUUUUGAAAAUUGAAAUAAAGUUGAUAGGUUUUAUCUUCAUAGU